GGGCUGCGUGCUCAAUAUUUCUUUGGUUAAAGAAGUAAGCUAAGAGCGUUCUGUUACCUAGGAGACAGUUGAAGCUCAGACCAGUGCACUGCAGACAGGAUAGUCUACAAAAACCCUGCAACAAUGCGUAGGUCCCCAUAUUCUCCUGGAGCCAACCUCAACCCAGUUGAAGACUUCAGAAAGAUGAGGAGGAUUAUUGCUGAAGAUCCAGACUGGUCUCUGAAUAUAGUGCCUUGUUUAUCAAAACUCUGUCUGCAAAGCAUGGAGAGAAACUUUGAGGGAAAGCCAAUAUUUGAAGAGCUUACUCCCAUCCAGAAAGACUUUGUGCAGGAGAACCUGUCUACCUCCCUGCCCCUGCAUGUCACAGCCAACUUGAUCAGCGAUGGUGUCUAUUGGAAGAGGUGCUGCGAGCAGCAGUGGGACCUUUGUGACGUCUCUCAUUAUGGCCACAGCUGGAAACGAAUGUUCUUUGAGAGGCACAUGGAGACCAUUAUUGAGCUUUUCAUCCCAGAAGUUACAGAGACCAAGACAGUUCUAGUGAUGGUACCUCUUUGUAGGAACUACGUCAAGAGGCUGGACAUCUCCCAACUCCUGCCACCUAUCAAGGAGCCCCAGAAUGAGGAGGAGGAGGAAUUUGGCUUAGAGUUGGCAAGUGACAAUGAGUACGACAGACCAUCUUUGGACCACUUUGACUUUAACAUCCUCCUUGACAAGCUAACAAAACUGGAAGAGCUCCAUUUAGUGUACAGGGUCAAACAAUGUGGUAUGAACUUCGAAUGGAAGAUGUUUGAGAUGACCACCAGAGAUUGUGAGUCCCUUGCCAAGGCCCUUAAGUCCUGUAAGACUUUGAAGCUUCUAAAGCUCCAUCAAAGCCACAUUGAGGAUGAAAAGUGCCGGCUGCUGGUGAAAUACCUUUUGGACCACCCGUCCCUGAGGGAGCUCGACUUCUCCCACAACCUGAUCGGAGACAAAGGAGCCAGAGCCAUCGGAAAGCUGCUCAACAGGAGUAAACUGGAGAUCCUGAACAUGUGUGACAACGAAAUUAGAGGCCUGGGAGCCAAAGCUAUAGCUCACGCAUUGUCCAAGAACUCCACCCUUUUGUCACUCAACCUGCGUCUCAACCGUUUGAGAGAUGACGGGGGGCAGGCUAUUGGUAAAGCCUUGCUGAACAACAACACCCUGCUUCACCUGCACCUGGGAGGCAAUGAGGUAUCUGGGCCUACUGCAGUCGCACUGUCUAAAGUUCUAGUUCAGAGUAACACCCUGAAGAGCAUCAAUCUUUCCUGCAACAACCUAGGCGUGGAUGGAGGUAAAGCUCUGGAGGAGGCGAUGUCUCACAACACCAGCGUAACAGAAUGUGAUAUCCGUCUGACGGAGGUUGACAAGCAGAGCGUUUCCUUCAUCAACCAGGUGGUUUGGGCCAACCAGAGUUUAGAACAAAAGAGACAUGCUCAAGAGAGUAAAACCAAGUAAACGUCAACAGCUUCUUUUUGAAAUACAAACCCACCUUCAUUAUUAAUUGAUUCCUGCUUUCCCGUAUCCAUUUAGCCAAGGAGCAUGACCACUAUAUGCCAACUCUGCAUCUCAAACUGAAGUAGCUGAUUUUAAACAAAAUUUCAUCGCACCAAAAAGCACAAAAUAUAUGUCCUAUUGAUAAUAUGGUAGCUAAUUUGCACAAUGUAAAUUAUGUGAUUUCACACCAGUAUGUCUCUAGUAUCUCUUCCAUUGUUGCAGCCUGUACUAUAACUAUAACUUUAAAAAAAAAAACAUGUAAAAACUACAAGCAAAAAAACUGUGAUUAAAUGUGUCAUCAGCACAUGUUAAGACAUAGACCAUAUAUCCAGUUUACAAUACACAAAGCAUCACAUGCUUAACUUUUCUGGGAUGUGGCAACAAUUGUCAUAAAGUAAUUUUUGACACA